GAAUAACCUACCAAUGGAAAAUAACCUUCAAUUUUCAAAACGAUCUUAUUAUUUUCGAGGUUGCUCAGUUUACUCUUACUGUGUGGUGUACUAUAAAUAAUUACAUUGGCAGACUUUCUUGAAUCUGGUAUUCCGGGAAUUUUAAAGUAAUAAUUCAUUUAGAAAAGAGUAUAUCGUAAAGAAUGUCGUCAGAUAUUAUAACGUUGCUAAAACUGGACAAAAGUAUGUCAAAUAAAGUGGUUGUUGUAAAAGAAAUCAACAAAUGUGACAGUUCAUUCAUCACCAGUUGUUUGCUAAACUAUUGCAUCAAGAAUAAGACUGCUGUUGUUGUAGUGUCAACACACAACUCUCUGCAACACUAUCAAAAUGUGGGCCUCAAAAUGAAUUACAACUUGCAAAGAUAUGUGGACACAGGAUUAAUAAAUUAUUUUAACAUAGGUGAAUACUGCAUUAACAGUUUACUAAAUGACAAUAAACUGCCUGAACUUUUUGUGAAAGUAAAAGAAAAAGUAUUGUUGAUGCGACAAAAGUAUGAAACAGUUAAUGUAAUAGUGGAUGGAGCUUCACAUUUCUUUGACUUAGACUAUACACUGAAAGAAGUAAAUAUGUUUUUCAAAGAGUUAAUUCCAUUUGUAACUAGUUACAAUAAUUCAUUUGUUGUUUGUCAUUGUAAUGAAGCAAAUGAGGAUGAUGUGACAUGUGUGAUGUCUAAUUUAUUGAUGCACAAAGCUUACACUGUGUUGGAGGUUGAGAGUCUUACCUCUGGCUGGAGCGCUGAUGUAUCAGGCCACUUGAGUGCCAUGUACCCAGGACUAAAGUAUGAUAAUGAACAUUUGUAUGUCAUGGACUUAAAACCUUCCCGAUAUCUAUUUAAACUAUUUGAUAGAGGUGUAAAACUAUUUGCACCUGGCACUGUGUAAACUUUGUAAAUAUUACUAUAGCUAUAAUAUUUUAUUGCCAAAAGUGUAACAUAUUGUUAUGUUAUUAUAUAUACUUCUAUUUGUAAAUUGUAAAAUAUACCUAGGUAUUAAAAUUUGUAUAUUGUGUUGGAAUCAGGUUUUUUAAUUCUAUUUCUUUAUCGAUCAAGGUCGAGUCAUAUGCAAAUUAUUUAUUAGAAUAUUCAAAAUGAUACCUAUAAUUUUGUUAUUAAUUUUUAUAUAACAUCACCCACUAUUCUCUAAGAAUACAGUUAGAUAUGUACCAAUAGUUUACGGUACAGUAACUUACGAGGUUUACCUACUGUGGAAUGAAUUUAUUGCUGUAAACCCAAUAAGAAUUUCAAAUUCACAAAAAAUAAUAUUACGUGCGUAAGAUUCGUAGAGUUACCAUAUUCAGUCUGACACGUCUUAUUAAAAAUGCUCUAACCAACCCUUGUGGGUAUUUGAGGACAUUUUAGGGCAAAAUAUUAAAUGGGUACCUAUAAAGGUUUAACUGAGUCUGGAUAUAACUAAGAUUUGGAUUAAAUUUGACUCAUCGGAGGCCAGGGCGAUAGGGCAUCCUAACCGUACCUGCGUAACUUGCUUAUAUAGGUACCUGCGUGCUUUUUACAUAUAGGUUGGAACCUACAUUCGAUGGAUUAUCAAGUAUAAAUAGGCUUCGACACUUCGUGAAAGUCUAACCAAGAUCCAGAGCAAUUGAUGUCCUAUUCUAGUGCCCUUGAAUAGGCAACUUUGCAGUUCUCUAUCGCCCACAUGCCAGGGCACGUGGUAAAAAAUCAAAACAAUACUUUUGUCAGUCAGACCCUGACAAUGCCGCUGUGCCUUAUGAGCACAGAGACUUAAUGAAUGAAAUAAAAAUAAAGGAAUUUUGCGAAAGUCUUCUCAAACUAUUGGACAUGGAAACUGAGGGCCGGUCGUUGUCGCCGUACUUGGCAUGAGUCCAAAUGUGAGAUCAUUAUGGGACGGAAGCUAUGAAAAAAUGUACGUAGGUACUACUUAGCUAUCUAUUUACUAUUGUACAUUAGUACAAACUCGACAAACGAAAGUCAUGUGAUCCGAAAAGUCUAAAGUUCGUUGGCUACUAAACUGUUACCUAUUUCAUCGUCAAUUUAUAAACCUAAAAUAUAAUAAUACUUGAUAAUGUACAUUGGUUCCUACGUAGGUACCUAUCCACUUUCCUAUCCAUAUCCAUUAAUUAUAAUUAAACUAUCACAUGAACAAAGGGGUAGUUUUUUUAAGAGGCGAAAAUCAUCGACUGACUUCUCCCGGCUGGGUGAGCCGGAGGGAGUGUCAGACUGUU